AUAAAUCUAAAUGCCGAGAUCCGAUUGGUCGGGGCGGGGGCGUGCGUGAUGACGUCACGACGCCGCACUCUCCUGCCUACGGCCGAACCUGUGGCCCAAACGGCUGUUUUUUAAAGGCGCUGGACAUCCGGGUCUCGGGCGGCGUGGGCGUGGCUUCGAGAGCGCUGAGUCGUACAUGGCGGCGGGGCCGCUGCUCUCAGCCUUGGCCGCGCGGCUCUCCUCCUCCGUGGCCGCGCGCUCCUACGGGGUCUUCUGCAAGGGCCUGACGCGGACGCUGCUCAUCUUCUUCGACUUGGCCUGGAAGCUCCGCAUCAACUUCCCUUACCUGUACGUCGUGGCCUCUAUGAUGCUCAACGUCAGGCUGCAGGUGACGCCUCACUCAGGGAGAGGGGACGGUGACGUCACGAAAGGGGCGGGGCUUUGCUUG